GUGGUUUGUGUUUAGUAGCUAAAACGUUUGCUGCCAACAUAACAGAUUGUACAUGUAGCACUAUUAUCUUUAAAAUGACGUUUAGCAAUAUUACAGACAUAUAAUAAAGCUACUGAGACAAAUAGACUCAACGUGGCUUAUGGUUCCUCCCCAUUUCUAAGUCAGACAUCUUUAGAUAAAGCUAACAUAAGCUAACAGCUUCAGCAAUGGCCAGUGCAGCCAAUGCCAACCUGAACGCAGUGCGAGAGACCAUGGACGUGCUACUGGAGAUCUCCAGGCUACUAAACACAGGUCUGGAUAUGGAGUCUCUCUCCAUCUGUGUUCGUCUAUGUGAGCAGGGUAUUAACCCAGAAGCACUGUCCUCAGUGAUCAAAGAACUGCGGAAAGCUUCAGAGUCCCUAAAGACGUCAGAAAAUGGCACAAGCUGAAGAAAGGAAGAGAAUACUUUUGGACCUGAAAGGAAUUUUUAAAGACUUCAGCCAAUCAUGCUUGUUUAUUGGCCUUUGAGUAAAAGCCUUCAUCUACUCUUACAGGAUUUGCUUAGGACAGAUUUUAUUGAUGUUGCAUUACAUUCUGCCUCUGACUUUUCAUGUUAAGUUAUACAUUUUCUAUUUUCAUUUGACUGUAAACAUGUUGAAUAUUACUUGUUGUUUUAUUGUCAUAUUAAAAACAUAACAGUGAAUGCCC